GGGCCCAUGAGAAGGAAGUGGAGAUUAGCGCUAAUGAUCACGCUCAUCUACAGCGUAUGAGCUAGUACUACAAAAAAGCAUGGCUGUAUGUACUCUCUGUUGCAGACUAUGAACAAAAACCCUAAUUCCUCUCUCUAUUCUUCUUCUUCUUCUUCUUCUUUGAGAUGGCUAACGAAAGCAAGGAGACCACAAGUACUGCCAUGGAGAUGAGGGAAAUGCGUGCUCUAAUCGGGAGGAUAUUCGGGGUAUUGCGUGACAGACAGGACAAGUCUGAUCAAGCAAUUCUAGAGCUGAAGGAAACCGUUGAGUCGUUGAAGAAUCAACAGAAAGGAAAAGAGGAAUUCGAGCCCGAGAAACCUUCCGUGAAUGCUUCCGGCUAUGGCAACUCAUCUACGCUUCAGGGACGCGGAAAAACCCUAACCACGAGUAAGGUUGUUGUUGACGUUCCAACUGUAGAUCGUGUGACUACAGAGCAAGAAGAAAUAACCAUGAGGAUAUCAAUGGAUGCUGUAGUAGAAUAUUCUGAGCCAUACAAAGGUUUCUCACGUGUGACUGGGUACCAUGGGAAACGACCUGUGAAUAUCCUAAUUGGUUUAGGGGGGAGUACUCACAAUUUUAUUGAUGAAUCCUUUGCAGAUAAGUUAGGCUGUGACACAUUUCCAAUCAAGCCUCGAUCUGUUAGCUCAGCUUUUGGUAAUAUGGUGACCUCCAGAGCAUGCUACAAUUUCCAAUUGUUACUGCAAGGCGCCCUGUUUAUUUUGGAUUUAUAUCUACUUCCAUUCUCGUCAAAUUGUGAAAUGGUACUAGGAGGCGAAUGGCUAGCGACCAUUGGGGGGCAAUUUACUAUGGAUUCUAAGGGUAUGGAGUUUUCCUACCAAGGUAAGAAACACUUUUUACCUUUCAAGAAAUCAGCUGAACGCAAUAAGUGCUAAGGGUCUUGACAAAUUGGAAGUACUGAUGCCUCUAGUUGACUGUUUUAUAUAGCUUUUUCCUAAUGGGGACUUUAGGUUUGAUCUCUCUGCUCUCUCCUUAAAUUCCCUGCUAUGUUUCUUAAGGAUAUGAUUAUGCUAUUAAAGCUACUAGUUUAUGGUUUGUACUAUUUUCCUAACAGUUCUCCCUCUAUGUGAAAGUAAACGAACUACUUGUAAGGUUAUCUAUCAAUAUUAUAUGUUUUUUGUGAGUUGGUUA